AUGUUUACUGACUAUGAUUUCUCAUUGCAGAUUGACGUAUCGAAGAUCCCUUCAGGUGUUUACACAGAAUUAAAGGGUCUUUAUGGCGAUGUGCUGAUUGGUCGCAAUGAUGUUAACCUACGUUGGAUAGCGAAUGAAACAUGGAUAUAUAAAACGACCUUUGAUAGCUAUGAACUGGGUGACGAUAGUCUGGUCAAUUUGACACUUCAUGGAAUUGAUACCUUGUCCAAGGUGUAUCUAAAUGAUGAACUAUUGGGUGAAACGAAUAACAUGUUUGUGCGUUAUUCCUUCGCUGUGGGUCAUCUACUACGGCCUAGUCCAGGUCAGAAUACCUUGGAAAUCGUGAUACUUUCUCCUUUGAAAGAAGCGAAGGCUCGUGCCGAAGAGUUAGAUGGAGUGUUACCAAUCAGUUGCCCACGUUCCCGAGGAGAUGUUGAAUGCCAUCGAAACAUGUUGCGUAAAAUGCAAAUGAGUUUUGGUGGCGAAUGGAAUCCAACGGCCCUAUCAUCAGGGAUUUGGAAGCCUGUGGCCAUUGAGUACUAUACGGUGGCUAUUCUUCGUGAUGUGGACGUGGCCAUCAAUCGAAAUGAAACUCAUUGGAUAAUGGAUUGCCGUGCCUUUCUAAGCACUCCGUCAACAGAAAACUUUUAUGUGAAUUUAUUAGUUUUUGUUAGUGAACUAUUGGAUGAACCAUUCAAACUGAUUCAGCAAAAAGUUCAUUAUGCUUCGCCUAUCAUAGAAUUCAAAAUACCAAUUCCUCAAGAUCGUGUAACUCUCUGGUGGCCCAAUGGCUAUGGCCAGCAGAAGCUUUAUCCAGUUCUUUUUCGCCUAAAUAGUUUCAGCAGCGAAGAUGGACCCGUCUUAAGUUCCCGCACUGAAUCUCAGAAACUACUGAAGAUCGGUUUUCGUACAAUUGAGUUGGUCGAGGACGAGGACACCAUUGGGCGAACAUUCUUCUUUCGAGUAAAUGACCAUCCCAUUUUCAUAAAAGGAGCUAAUUAUGUUCCAGCAAACACUUUGCCGGAACUUUCAACCACCGAAGAUACGGUAAAACAUUUGCUAAAGUCGGCACGUGAGGUGAACAUGAAUAUGAUUCGAGUCUGGGCCGGAGGCUUAUAUGAAUCGGAUAUAUUCUAUAAUUUAGCUGACGAAUAUGGAUUAUUGGUAUGGCAGGAUAUGGCGUUUAAUGCGGCAGCAUAUCCUGUUACGGAUGAAUUUGUAGCAUCUGCCUCUAUGGAGGCAGCACAAAAUGCUCAGAGACUUGCUCAUCAUCCCAGUUUGUCAUUGAUUGUCCUCAAUAAUGAGAUUGAAUUGUUUUUGGUUAAGAAUCGCUCUGAAUUCGGAGCAAAUGCAACUCGCCUGGAAAAUGAAUACAAGAUUUUAUUCAUGGGCACCCUCAAACAUGAGCUGAGCAUUAUUUCUCGCAAUGACUUUAAUCCUCGGCCAGGACCUAUGAUCUCUACCCCCUCGUUGGGUAUUACAGAAUCAGCCAAAGAACUGGCCAAGGAUCCUCAGAGUACUAACUAUGGUGAUGUUCACUUCUGGGAUGAUGAAAAAGAUGGUUAUGGAGCAGAUAUCUAUCCUCGAGCUCGUUUCAUUUCCGAGGUCGGUUACGCUAGUUUGCCCAUGCUCCAUACAUGGCAGCGGGCUUUGGGUACCAAUGUCAGUUGGUCAAAUGAGAAUAUAGCAUCUCUUAUUCGAAGUCGUCAACAUGAUCCCAAAGGAUUUAUACCUCUGUUGCGUUUAAUUGCCUAUCAAUUGCCAUUCUAUCUCCAAACUUGGGACGAGAAUAUCGAUGAGUUUAUCUACUUCAGUCAAUUAGCCCAGGCCAUGACAUCCAAAACGGCUGUGGAACUAUUCCGAAGUCUUCGCACAGGUAAUCAGACAAUGGGAGCACUGAUCUGGCAACUAAAUGAUGUUUGGGUUGGCCCCACCUGGUCCUGCAUUGAUUUCUAUGGCAACUACAAGAUGGUCUAUUACUGGGCCAAGGAUUUCUUAGCACCCACAUCAGUCAUAACACUGUACGACGAGGCCAAUGACCAGCUGAAUGUAACCCUUACUCGAGAAGAUUAUGCAGAGCACUUGGACAUCCAGCUCUUUAAUGUUACCUUCAAGACUUAUACGUGGACAGAUAUUUUCUUUAAAAAGGAGAUUGGCCGAGCUAGUGGAUUGGGUUCAAACGGUAUCGAUCAUCUAAACAUUCCAAUGGAGUCGGUGUUGGAUAAGAGCUAUACAAAGGCAGAGGUUUUCUUCGAAAUUGUUGUGGAAGAUAGCGACAAUGAGUUGAUCGCUCGCAAUUAUUUCUAUCCAGUUGCUAUAAAAAAUAUUAAGGGCAUGAUGGAUCCUGAAUUGGCGAUUGAAGUAGUCGGAAUCGAUUGCAGCACUGCUAGAUCCCCGUAUCGGAAUAAUUUUACACUGCGCAUCACUGUCAAGUAUCCGGCACUAUUUGUAUAUUUGGAAUUUUCGCAUCCGGAUUAUGUGGAUGAAAGGCACAAGUUCUCAACUAAUGGCUUUACCCAGACGGUGCCUAGACAAAGUGUACACCUGGAGUUUGAAAAUGAUAAAGUUUGUUUAACCAUUACCGAGGCGAAUAUCCGAGUAUACACUAUGAAUCAAUAUAUGAUUUAAUCAAUGGAUGAAAAUUAAUAAAAGCAUUCAUUGCAACAUAAAUAUAUCAAAGAUUUCAAAUUAUUUUAAA